GCCACCAAGUGCCCUUGCAGCAUCUGUGGGCUUGGUUGGUGUUAGCACAGAGGGCAGUGGUUGGGUCCCUUGAGCAGGAAGCCCUGGAGCCAAGGUGGCGCAGGAUAUUCCUCUUGCUCCAAUAUUGUCCUAGAAGAGUGUUUAUCUCGGUAUCGGUAAAGAGCAGCCUGGACAGACUGGCCUCGGCUAGCCCAGACCGCAGUGACAAAGAUGGAGACAGGGCGGAGGAAGGAGCCAUGGGAGGUUCGCACAGGCUAACAACUCGGUGCCCCACGGAGCUCACGACCUUCCAGUAUUGACUCCAUAUUUGGGGGAGAGAGUUUCUCACUGAACUUCACACUGCCGGCCAACACGACUUCCUCCCCACCUGCUACAAGUGGGAAAGAAGCAGACUGUGGGCCCUCUCUUGGAUUAGCAGCAGGCAUCCCAUCCCUGGUGGCCACAGCCCUGCUGGUGGCUUUACUAUUUAUGCUGAUCCGCCGAAGAAGAAGCAGCAAUGAGUCCACGGAGGAAAGUGAGAGACCAUGUGAAAUUUCAGAAAUCUAUGACAAUCCCAAGAUUGCUGAGAAUCCUAGGAGGUCACCCACACAUGAGAAGAAUCUGACGGGAGCAGAAGGAGCCCACGUAUAUGUGAAGACUGUAGCAGGAAGCGAGGAGCCCAUGCAUGACACUUACCGUCCUCCUGUCGGAAUGGAGAGAAGAAGGGGAUUGUGGUGGCUUGUGCCCAGAUUGAGCCUGGAAUGAGGCAGUUCGGUCAAGGAACAGAUCUAGAGCUGGAACAGAGCUGAAAACCCAGGGAUCUGUGCUCAGAGUGAGGAGAGAUACUAAGCUGCUUCUUAACCGAUCCAAAUUUCCAUGGCAGAUCUGGAAAACUUUGGGUUGAUUUGUCUCUGUAGGUGACAGAAUAAGGACUCAUUCCAACACUCAGAUCUUGUUGUUUAAUAAGCAGUGAAGCACCAAGUGAGGUCCAGAAGGAGCCCUUUGAUCCUGGUCUUGACCUAUGCUUUUCUUCACGAUUUUGGGAAAGGGGCUUGAUUUCUGUGUGUCUUGCCUUAUCAUCUUUUUUCCACAUCUCUUUUCUCAAAAAAACAAAACAAAACAAAAAAAACAUCACACCUGGCUUCCAUGGGAAGGUUGGCCAGGGCUAACAUGGUGCAAGUUGGGAUACAAAUAAAACUUAAAGGGGAUGUUUCAGGGGAAGCAAUUUCUUAUUCCUGAACAUCUCAAGGUGGAAA